AUGGGCAACCAGCCUUCCAAGGAUAAGGGCUCCAAGGAUGGGCCUGACGACUUCAAGUCGUACCCGUCCUUCUCCCGAUCCGACACGAAAGAGUCAUCGCGCUCAUUCCGGUCUCUGCGCUCCAAGAUUACCAACAAGUCCACCGACAGCCCCCGAGCUUCCAUGUCCGCCAAUAACGACGACGCAGCUUCGGUCAAGUCAGGCAAGAGCGGCCGGUCGGCCACGUCCCGCAGCCGCCACGACUCCAUCUCGUCGCCCAUGAGCCCUGGUGGCGGCGGCGCCCUGAGCGAGCUCGACUCGCCCGUCGACGACCUCCAACCACCCCCGUCCCCCGUGCACCACACCCAAAAGGGCUUCCACGACGUCAGUGCGGCCCAGGCUUCCGGUGAGGUCGAUCACGUCUCCGAUCAGCCGCCCUGCGCCAGCGCCAGCCUCAACACCCAUCUCCAAGCGCCUGGCAAGUCCAUCCUCAGCAAGACCGAUGGCGAGAUCCCCAUUUCCGAGGCUGCGGUCGACGACAACACCCCGCAGGCCGAUGCGCCUACGGGCGUCGCCAUGGGCGAGAUCAAAGACAUGGAUCUCGACGACUACAUCAAGCGCUUGCUGGACGCAGCCUACGCCGGCAAGGUGACCAAGGGAGUCUGCCUUAAGAAUGCCGAGAUUGUCGCCAUUUGCCAACGCGCUCGCGAGGUGCUCCUGACGCAGCCCGCGCUGCUCGAGCUCGACGCCCCCGUCAAGAUUGUCGGCGAUGUCCACGGCCAGUACACCGACCUCAUCCGCAUGUUCGAGAUGUGCGGCUUCCCGCCGUCUUCAAACUACCUCUUCCUCGGCGAUUACGUCGACCGCGGCAAGCAGUCGCUCGAGACGAUUCUGCUGCUUCUCUGCUACAAAGUCAAGUUCCCCGACAACUUUUUCCUCCUGCGCGGCAACCACGAGUGCGCCAACGUCACGCGCGUCUACGGCUUCUACGACGAAUGCAAACGCAGGUGCAACGUCAAGAUCUGGAAGACGUUCAUCGACUGCUUCAACACGCUGCCCAUUGCUGCCGUUGUCGCCGGCAAGAUCUUCUGCGUGCACGGUGGUCUCUCGCCGGCACUGAAUCACAUGGAUGACAUCCGGGGCAUCGCCCGACCAACCGACAUUCCCGACUACGGUCUUCUCAACGAUUUGGUGUGGGCUGACCCUGCCGAGAUGGAUAGCGACUGGGAAGCGAACGAGCGCGGCGUCAGUUAUUGUUUUGGCAAGACGGUCAUUGAAGAUUUCCUGGCCAAGCACGACUUUGAUCUGAUCUGCCGCGCGCACAUGGUCGUCGAAGACGGCUACGAGUUCUUCACAGACAGACUUUUGGUGACGGUUUUCAGUGCUCCCAACUACUGCGGCGAGUUUGACAACUGGGGCGCCGUCAUGUCCGUGUCAUCCGAGUUGCUCUGCAGUUUUGAACUGCUCAAGCCGCUCGAUUCGAGCGCUCUCAAGAGCCACAUCAAGAAGGGGCGGAACAAGCGUCAGAGCAUGCUCAACAGUCCUCCGGCGCGCAUCCAAGCCCAGAGCAUGUAA